UCCUAAUGCUCCAUCCCUGAAAAUGGAUAAGCCCGUAACCCGAUCCAUCGCUCUCUCCCUCAACAACCCGUCCUCUGCUUCCCAAAUCGCCGGCGACGCCGCUCAGCUCCGCCCUUCUCCGGGCAAACUCCCAUUCCGACCCCGAAAGAUCCGAAAGAUAAUCACCACCAAGGCCGCCGCCGUCGCCGCCGCCAAAACAACGGCCUCAUACUCACCUCCGAUCCCCGCCGUCGCCAAACCGUUAUCCACCGAAGGCGAAAUCGCCGUCGCCCUCAACCACCUCCGCAAAUCCGAUCCUCUCCUCGCAUCCCUAAUCGACCGCCACGCCCCGCCCAAAUUCGACACCAGCAAACCCCCAUUCACCUCCCUAGCCAGAAGCAUCAUCUUCCAACAGCUCGCCACAAACGCCGCGCAGUCGAUCUACGCGCGCUUCCUCGCCCUCUGCGUCGGCGGAGGCGGAGGAGGCGGCGGAGAGAUUCUGCCGGACGCCGUGCUGGCGCUGACCGCAUCGCAGCUGCGGGAAGCCGGGGUAUCGGGCAGGAAAGCGGGCUACCUCCACGACCUAGCGGGGAAGUUCAGGGACGGGUCGCUGUCGGAUUCGGCGAUCCUGGAGAUGAGCGAGGAAGCGCUGCUGGAGAGGCUGACGGCGGUGAAAGGAAUCGGCGUCUGGUCGGUACACAUGUUCAUGAUUUUCUCGAUGCACAAGCCGGAUGUGCUGCCGGUGGGGGAUUUGGGAGUGAGGAAAGGCGUGCAGAGCUUGUACGGGCUGAAAGGUUUGCCGGAGGCGGCGGAGAUGGAGAUGGUCUGUGAGAAGUGGCGGCCGUAUCGGUCCGUCGGGGCUUGGUACAUGUGGAGGCUCGUGGAGGCCAAUGCCGCUGCUGUGAAAGCUGCUAAUAAGAAGGUCAAGAAGGUCACUGUUGUUGCUGUUCUUUGAGUGAGUUUGUCAGCAUUUUUUUCCACUGUUGCUGUUGUUUGUUGUACUGAAUAAUUGAACAGAGCAUUUUGAUGUUUUUGUGAUUUUGGAAUGAUCCUGGCAACUGCUUAAUGGGGAAAGAACUCUGAAUACGAAUUCGAAGAUCGAUCGAGCAACUGCGUGUAAUCGAACGAACACCUUACCUGAGUUUGAGCUUGUGAAACCCGAACGAAUCGAAAUCGUUCGAGUAAGUAUGUAUAUGUUCAAUCGAUCGAAAACCUGUUCCAGCCAUUGAU